CAUUUUACUCUCCUCCGUAGAUGUAGACAGGAUCGCUGUCGGAGUGUGAACUAGAACAGAUUGAUAGUUAAGGUUUAAGGCGGGGUCGGGCUCCGCGUCGCUAACAUUUAUUUCCUCUCACAGGUUUUUGAAAACUAAAAACCUUGAACUCGUCCGUUCCCGACAGCUCGUAUCGGGGUAGUUUUCAGCCGGAGAGUCGCAAUGCCGAGCCACCCGCUGCGUGUAGCGGUUGUGUGCUCGAGCAACCAGAACCGCAGUAUGGAAGCGCACAAUAUCCUCAGCAAACGUGGAUUCGAUGUGCGUUCAUUUGGGACAGGGUCUCAUGUGAAGCUACCCGGUCCUGCACCAGAUAAGCCAAAUGUGUACGACUUCAAAACGACAUAUGAACAGAUGUACAACGACUUGGUCCGCAAGGACAAGGAACUAUACACACAGAACGGCAUCCUGCACAUGCUGGACCGCAACAAGCGCAUCAAGUCCAAGCCGGAGCGGUUCCAGAACUGCAAGGACAAGUUUGACCUGGUCAUCACCUGUGAAGAGAGAGUGUACGACCAAGUGCUGGAGGAUCUCACCUCGAGAGAGCAGGUGACUUUCCAGCCUGUGCAUGUGAUCAACGUAGACAUUCAGGACAACCACGAGGAAGCAACGCUGGGCGCCUUUUUAAUCUGCGAGCUGUGUCAAUGUAUCCAGCACACCGAGGACAUGGAGAACGACAUCGACGAGCUCGUGCAGGAGUUUGAGGACAAGAGCAACCGGCCUUUCCUUCACACCGUCUGCUUCUACUGACACACAAAAGAAGUUUGCAAUAAACAAAAAAAAAGACCCAAAUCAUAAGCAAUCAAACAAGAGCAAAAUCGACAGAGUUCCUGCUCCUCAGUCAUCUGUAACACAUGCUUAUUGUGUGCCUACAGCCUCACACACACACACACAGUGUUGGGUCAGGACCUUACACAAAUGGCUGCUGGUGGACAUGAUGAUGAUGAUGAUGAUGGCUUUUUUCCUUAAUGCAGAGUAUGGACCUGCUGCUGUAGCUCUGCCCUUAUUCCUCCAGAUCAAGGUCAGGCCAAGGUCCCGCCUCGAUCUCGGUCCAGUGAAAUCACUCAACCAUGUCUCCUCAGGCAGAGCCAUAACACCCCCCCCACUCACUUCCCCCUCCCCCCACCCAGUCCCUCUGAUUAUUUUAUUUCUUUUUCUCUCAGUACAGCAAAUAGAUGCUGGUAUUUUGUUUUUUCCUCGUUAUAUAUGAUAUAAUUGUAAUUAAGUGUCAGACUUUCUUUUUUUCUGACCCGGUACAUGUGUAAAUGUCUCUUGGUCAGACGUGGAGAGUUUAUUGAAACCGAGUUGAAUUGAAUGCGUGUUUCAUUUGCAACCAUGUGCCGUAGUUUAGUUGAAAAUUAAGUUAAAAGUGGCCGAGCGACGACAGAAUAACCAAACGUGAGGGAUUUUCUCCACAAUGUGUUUCCAAUCUUAUGUGUUGACUCAUAUUUAAAGUUGGAUAUGUGUUAUCUUUCAGGGUAUAGUUUCUUUUCCUUUUUAAAAAAAAAAAAAAAAAAUUAUGUUGAUUUAAUUGAAGCGUUGUAAUGACCUGCAAGCUCAGCUCAGAGUGCCUAACUUUUCGGUAUGUGUAUAUAAAGUGAAAACUAAAGAAGUG